UGGCUCUUAUCACGGGAGACAGAAUGCCCUGACCUGAACAAAGUUUGAUAGUGGCUUCAAAUGGGAUUGUUUAUAAGUGCUGCAGUCGUCUUGCCUUGCAGUGACGUAUGGAAUGACGAGCUCCAGCACAUACUACUACACCAAAGUCAUGACGGAUUUAUUUGUGAACACCGCGAGUGACGGUGGGGGGAAGUUCCAGUCCAUUGGCAGCAUGGCUGACUUCUGGAUGUACGCCCAGGGGCCAUUGCUGAAUGGCCUUUACUGGACCAAAUGGUACAACAACCAAUCACUUGACUCUGGCUCCCAGUCCUUCAUCUACUACGAGAACAUGCUGCUGGGAGUCCCUCGCAUGAGGCAGGUGAAGGUCAAGAACAACUCCUGCAGGGUUCACAAGGACUUCAAGAACGAAAUCGUUGACUGUUUUGACGUCUACAAUGACAAAAAGGAAGAUGAAGAAGUGUUUGGUCUCAUCAAUGGGACUGCCUGGCAGUACCACCCAGAGAAGUCCAUUAAAGGCUCCAGUCACUGGGGCUUGCUGACUACCUACAGUGGGUCGGGCUUCUACCAGGACUUGGGCAAAACCAGACAGGAGAGCGAGGAGGUUCUAGAGGCACUGAAGACCAACCUGUGGUUAGACCGUGGAACUAGAGCAGUCUUCAUUGACUUCUCAACAUACAAUGCCAACAUUAACCUCUUCUGUGUCAUCAGACUCCUGGUUGAAUUUCCAGCCACUGGAGGGGCAAUACCGUCUUACCAGAUCAGGACAGUGAAACUAAUCCGCUACAUAAAUACCUGGGACUACUUUGUCAUUGGCUGUGAGAUGGUAUUCUGUCUGUUCAUCCUGUACUACAUAGUGGAGGAGACUCUGGAGCUCCGCAUCCACAAGUUCUCUUACUUCAGCAGCAUCUGGAACAUUCUGGAUGUUGUGGUCAUUCUGCUUGCACUUGUUGCCAUCGUCUUCAAUGUCUUCCGGACUAUAAAAGUGGAUAAUUUACUUGGGAAGCUCUUGGAACAGCCUGACAUUUAUGCCGAUUUCGAAUUCCUAGCAUUUUGGCAAACACAGUACAACAAUAUGAAUGCUGUCAAUUUGUUCUUUGCCUGGAUCAAGGUCUUUAAGUACAUCAGCUUUAAUAAGACCAUGACUCAGCUCUCCUCCACUCUGGCUCGAUGCGCUGCGGACAUCCUGGGCUUCGCCAUCAUGUUCUUCAUCGUCUUCUUUGCCUAUGCCCAGCUUGGAUAUUUGCUUUUUGGAACAGAGGUUGAAUCCUUCAGCACAUUUAAUAAAUGCAUUUUUACUCAGUUCCGAAUCAUCCUUGGGGACUUCGACUAUGAUGGCAUUGAAAGAGCCAAUCGUGUCCUUGGGCCAAUCUAUUUCUUCACCUACGUCUUCUUUGUCUUCUUUGUACUACUUAACAUGUUCCUUGCUAUUAUCAAUGACACCUAUUCAGAAGUGAAAGAGGAGUUAGCCUCCCAGAAGGAUGAGCUCCAGAUUACUGACAUCAUAAAGCAGAGCUACGCAAAGACUUUCAUGAAGCUGAAACUGAAAAAGGAGAAAAUCUCUGAUGUUCAAAAGGCCCUUCGGUCUGGAUCUGAGGAACUGGAGUUCAAAGACUUCAGGGAGACUUUGAAAGAGAUGGGGCAUGCAGACCAUGAGAUCUCAGCAGCUUUUGCGAGGUUUGACAGAGAUGGAAACAACAUUUUAGACAAGGAUGAACAAGAGAGGAUGAAGCGGGAACUAGAGGAGAAGAGGGAUGCGCUGAGUGUAGAGCUUAACAACCUUGGGAACGACUUGAGCACCAGCAGCAACCCUUCCCAGGAUGCUGAUGAACACAACCGUCCAGCUGUUUCUCAAGAAGAGUUUCAAAUGCUGGUCAGACAGGUUGUUCAACUGGAAUGUGCUGUGACAACCAUUAUGUCGAAGAUGGACGCAAUUAUGGGGAAACUGGAGCUUCAGAACACCAACAAAGGGACCACGGGGAAAGGCCAGACUCAUUCCAAGGAUGAGAGAUCUACAUCUGAUGGUAAUGUACGGGUGAAUGUGGACACAGCCCUCAAGGAAGGGUCACCACCCUGGACUCUGGCCAGCCCUGUGGGCAGUACUGCUGCAAGCCGCCUGUAUCCCAACAUGGAUUGGCUGAAAGUUGCGGAGAACACCAAUUCAACACGGCACUGAGACAACAAUCAGCAUCCAUGAAGGAAUAACAGCCUGCUGCUCUAAACUAAAGCAUUGUAUGUACAUGGGUAAAAUAGGGUCACACUUUAUUUGGAUGGUCCCCCAUAGACCAUCUAUAGAUGCUCAGAUUAUAAACAAAUGCGCUUGUUAACUACAAUUUAUGGUUAAGGGUUGGGUUUGGUUAAGGUGAUGUUCAGUGAACAAUUAGCAAGACUGACCUUGAAGGACUUCAAGACUGAAUCUCAAUAAACCAUCUGUAGUCUCUAUAGGCAGAUUGUCUAAAGUUACCUAAAAUAGUAGCCUAUUAGUAUAUAGCCUUUCGUCCUUAAUUAAAACUAAAUAUAAUUUAGUUAUAUAUAUAUAUAUAUAUACACACACACACACACAUAUAUAUAAUCCAAUCUAUAAAAAAAACACAAGUAAUAUAUAUUAAAAUACUAUUUACACCAGCUUCUAAGGGGCUAAGAGCUUCUAGGAUGAGUAAAAAAAAAAAAAAAGAUUGUUGCUCAGUGUUUUCGUACAGAGAAUAGGACAAGCUGCGCUAAGUAGAAAGCUUCAUUUUAAAUUAAUUCUAAAAUGUAGCUCUAAGUAGGAUGCACAUCCUACUACAGGAGUUUCCUGUUUUAGUUUAUUGUAUGAAAGCCUUUCACUCACCAACUCAAGAUAGAUGAGUUUGUGUUGUGACCUAUUGUGCAUCUGAAAAUAAGACAAUGGCUUGGUAGAUCUAUGUGUGCUCUCUGUCUUGACUUCCAUCACUUAUGUGGAUGUGCACAACAUGGUGCUUUCUGUAAUGUAGUUUAAUAGAUUACAUGUUGGCAGGCAAAUAUAAUAAUGCAUGUACCUUUCAGACUGCGAACAUAGUGUACAUCCACGCCUAACUUAUGUGCAAAGCUUGUAGUACAUGAAAUGCAAAUAAAGUACCUUCAUUGUCCAAGUA